UUCGUCAGCUUCGUCUUCCGUUAUAUAUAUAUAUAGCGGUCGAUAUCAAAAGAUCUCGCCACGAGAACCGGUCGCCGGUUGGUUCCCGUUGCUUUGCCAGUAAUUCAGUCAUUGUCGCGUCUCUCGCCCACGGUGGAUCACGAUCUUUUACGAGGAAGCUAACCGAGUAAUCUAAACAGCAGCCAUGCCUCAGAUACAGAAACCAGCACCUGCUUUCUCCAGUACCGCUGUUAUAAAAGGACAAUUCAAGGAUAUUAAACUUUCUGACUACAAGGGCAAAUAUGUUGUUUUCUUCUUCUAUCCCUUAGAUUUCACUUUCGUAUGCCCGACCGAGAUUAUUGCUUUCUCCGACCGCGUGAAAGAAUUUCACGACAUCAACUGUGAGGUGAUCGCCGCAUCCACCGAUUCUCACUUUAGCCAUCUCGCAUGGGUGAAUACGCCACGCAAACAGGGUGGUCUCGGCGAAAUGAACAUUCCUCUGUUGGCGGACAAGAGUUGCAAGAUUUCCCGCGAUUACGGCGUACUUGACGAGAAUACGGGAAUUCCCUUCCGUGGCCUUUUCAUCAUCGAUGAUAAGCAGAAUUUGCGUCAAAUCACUAUAAACGAUUUGCCCGUUGGAAGAUCCGUGGACGAAACUCUACGCUUGGUUCAAGCGUUCCAACACACUGACAAACAUGGCGAAGUUUGCCCGGCCGGCUGGAAACCCGGUAAGAAGGCCAUGAAGCCUGAUGUCGUUGCCUCAAAGGAAUACUUCAAGGAUCAAUAAGAUAUUAGCGAACAAUAAAAUAUCAUAUAAUAAUAUUUCUUUAUACAUCCUGUUAAAUACACUUAUAUGCGUUUUAUACUCUUUCAUCGCGUAAUUUGAUGCGUCUACACUUCCAUUUUUACUUAGUAUAGAUAUACUUAGUGUAGAUAUACAUUGUCGAAAUAGCACAUAUUGAAAUAUUCAUUUCUAGUUUAAUAAAUGGGUUUAUUUUU